AUGAUUGGCCACAUUGAGAAAGCCUGCACUCUCAGAAUGGAGGAUAUAAAACACAAAAGACUCCAAGAGGGGCAAUUUGGAGAUUGGAUGAGAGCCUCCGAUGGGCUGCAGAGUCAGAACUGGAACCAUGCUAAUUCUUCUUCAGGUCAAUCUCAGGAUCCUGCUCCCUCACCUAGUAACAUCAACACCAAUGCCCACUCACCAGGGGAUAAAGAGCCUAUCACCAAUCAUGAUGCAGCAAAAAGUUCUUCUCAUAGCCAGAUUGGACAUCAAAGCACUGAUACAGACCACAAUGGGGCACUCAAUGCUGAACAUGAGGUACGGACCUCUGAUAAAGAGUUGAUCCUUUAUAGUCCCCCAUCUGACCAAGCAGACAAGACCUUAGCUCAUAUUAAACCAAACCCACUGGAGGUCAUGGCCAUUGAUGAUGAGGAUCAAUCAGAUACAAAGCUGCCAGCACUAACAAGGAUAGGAAGCAAGAGUGUCAGCAAGGGUGCCACAACUUGGAAAAGAACACCACAAAAGGAGGGCAGGCUUCAGAGGAAAUCCAAAGGAAAUUCAUUGGAACUCUCAAUGAUUUUUGUUAGUAGGCCUCAUUGUUGA